AUGUCUUAUGAUUUCAAGAAAGACGAAGAUGUUAAGGAAUAUAUUAAAAACUUAGGGAUUGAAUAUAGAUUUGGCUGUUUCAGUGAAAAAGAUGCACAAACAUGUCAGUUGCUUGGAGAUUAUUUAGAGACUAUAGAAAACAACCCUGAUAAGGCAGCCAAAAUAUAUAAAGAAAAUUGUGAUGAACGGAACUUCGGUCGCAGUUGCUAUAAGUAUGCUUCUUAUUUGGAAAAAAAUAAUUUGAGAAAUCUCAAACCAGUAAUUCCUGAGAUGAUAAGAUAUUUUAAGAAAGGUUGUGAAUAUAAUUGGUCUGAUGGAUGUUUUGCUGCUGGAAUGAAACUUCGUUAUCACAGUGACUCAAUUACUGAUAUUGAUGAAAGAACAAAUAGUUUACUCCAAAGUCUGCAUUACUUAGAAAAAGCAUGUAACAACAGGCAUUCAGAAGCAUGUUAUGUAGCCAGCAAUAUUCAUUUUGCUGGUAUUGAGGAAAUUGGAUUAGAACCUAAUAAGCCCAAAUUUUUAGAAUACUCAAUAAAAGCUUGUGAUCAAAAUGAAUUGAAGGGUUGUGUUAAUGCAUCAAUUGUGUAUAAUAAAGGAGAUGGUGUACCUAAAGAUUUGGAUCUUGCUCAGAAGUAUAAAGAAAGAGCAUUAGAUAUACAAAGACAAAUCAAAGAAGAAAAAGGUAUAAAGUUUAGUUAA